UGCAACAGUCCGUAGUUUCUCGGUCUACCUUACAUUACAUCUUUAAACGCGGAGGAAAAUGCCGGAUCCAGCGAAGUCUGCUCCUGCCCCCAAGAAGGGCUCCAAGAAAGCUGUCACGAAAGUGCAGAAGAAAGAUGGCAAGAAGCGCAAGCGCAGCCGCAAGGAGAGCUAUUCUGUCUACGUGUACAAGGUGCUGAAGCAAGUGCACCCGGACACGGGCAUCUCAUCUAAGGCUAUGGGAAUCAUGAAUUCCUUCGUGAAUGAUAUCUUCGAGCGCAUAGCAGGAAUGAAGACUCCCCACGACCACACCACUCCUAUCCCAAAAGGCAUGUGGACACACGCUCCUCCUCACCAGCUGCAUCAGACCCCUUCGGGAUGCCUCGUUCUCAGCUCUGGAAACUUUGCACUAAGGAUAUACUGAGCUACCUGUCUGCCCGCUCUCUGGCUCGGCUGACCCUCCCUAACUAGCUCCAACAAUGCUGGAACCUGCGCGGAGGCCGUGUAUGCUGGACACCGAGGAGGCAGAGGUCGCAGUCUCCUCCUGCUUGCUCUUUGGCGUCUACCCACCAGAGCCUCGGGCUAGGCGGGACUUUGAAUCUUCUCCCGGCAGCGGCAGCAGCAGCUGCGAGCCCCAAAGGCAGCCACCAGGGGUCGCUAUGUGGGUCCUCGACCGCGCUGAUCAGACUGGCGGGCUGGGGUGAGUCGUUCUGCAGCUGCGCAUUCGCGGAGACUGCCAGCCUCUCGUGAUGCUGUGCUCGCGCAGAUGCAAAGUGAACCAUCAUUACCAAGAGCUGAGUCUGCUUUGGAAUGGGGCCCUUCCCUAUACCAGAGGGAAUCGGACACGCACCACCCUUUUCCACAGGCUUUCUGCUGCCGCAGACUCAGUAGAGAUCAUUCACUCUUGUCUGCUAGGUGAAAGCAAUUAAUCGUAAGGUUUGCGGGAGACUGAAAAAGUCCGCCGAGGAGCGUUUCGGGUCACGGGGGUCUCCGAGCUUUGGCAAUGAUGACCCAACCGCACGCUGCCUGCAUUGUACACAGAUGACCACGCGAUGGCGCCAGCGAGUCACUUCGCCCCAAAGUCCUAUUUUCUCUUCUUUUACUAUGUAUCUAGGUAGGGGGUCUUGAUUGGAGUUUGUUUUCUCUGCCAGUUAAAGAAUAAACGGCAGGGGGGAAAUGUUGUGGAGCAGGUAGCAAAGGGUAAAUCUCAGACACAGCAGACAGAAUCAACCCGUGAAGAAAGAUUAUUAGGCUGAGAAAACACAGGCACACAGAGUACAGCACACAGAAAGAUUGAGCGUGAUCUCAGGAAGUUGGCCUUUUCUGGAGGAGUGGGGGGCUUGAGGAUCUUUUAGGGGAAUCUUCUCCUAGUCUAGGAGUUGUCAGUUUGAAUAAAGACAGAGAAACUGAUAGGCCCACAUUUCUGGAUAAACAUGUACUAGCCUGGCCCUGUACUUGGACUGCGCUGCCUGCCCAUGCUGGCAAGAGAAAAAGUCCACCCAGUCUUUGCCUCAGGUCAGGAGCAUUAAAAAAAAAAAAAAAAAAAAAA